AUGUCUGACGUCAUGGCAGGCGUUGCAAUAUCGGCAACACUGAUUGGUUGCGCAAUAGGAAGCGGUAUUGGCGGUUUGAUUUUCAAGAAUAUCGCAGAAAAUUAUGACAGGCUUGGUGAACUUUGCUCCGGUAUCGCAGUGCUGGUCGUCAGACUAGUUGUGUGUCUCUUAUUCUUCGUAUGGGAUCCACCAUGUGGGAAGUUGCUUUGGUAUCAUUAUGUGGAGUUGGCAGCAAUCGGUGGAACAUUAGUAACAGUUGGUGGUGUAGAUAGGGCCCUUUUGAAGAAGGCAAUCGAAGAUAAGUGUCAGGGUACCGCAGCCGCCGCGAUUCGAACCAUAUCCGGCAUCGCUAGCAGUCUGAUUCUCUUCCAGGUUUCCGCAUAUUUGUCCGAGAAGGUGUUUGGCUACGUUCCAUCGAGAAAGUCGUUUGAAACCAUGGAUGCGGCUGUUAAGGAAAGAAAUGCCGAAGCCCUGAGGAAAUCAAUGAUGUACAUUAUUUUGGCAGGCACGAUACUCAACGUUUUUUGCUAUAUUGCGUUGUUGUGUAACAUACCUAAAAAAGUAGGCGGAAAUUGA